GUGGUACUUAGCUUGUCGCUGAAGGUGUUUUCCGUUCCCGGACGUUUUGGAGUUGUCGGCCUGCUUAAUGGGGAGUAAAAAAACUACAUCUCCCAGGAGCCACCGCGACGUUGCCUGUAGCAGCCUGCAAAUCAAAGGUGCUGGAGACAGGAGUUGAGUCGGUCGGUCUGCAAAGACCAUGGAAGCAAAGGGAGAAGCAGAGAGACUGGUUAUGAAGCCAAAGUAAUAAUCCAGAAUUUUGUAACUUGACCUGUUUGUAUGAGAGGGGAUGUGAAGACCUAAAAAAUAAUGGAUUCUGAAUUAAUGCACAGUAUAGUAGGAAGCUAUCUUAAACCUCCAGAAACAAUGUUUGUCCCACCAUUUAUCCAGGAUGAAUCGUCUCAGAAAUGCCACGCUGUGAACUUAGAAGUUACUGCUCCUAAAAUGCGUCAUAGUCCAAAUAGCCAAGCUCUUAUUUUGGCCUUAAAAACUCUUCAGGAUAAGAUUCAUCGUUUAGAGCUAGAAAGAACCCAAGCUGAAGAUAACCUGAACAUACUUUCUAGAGAAGCAGCUCAGUACAAAAAGGCCUUGGAGAAUGAAACAAAUGAGAGAAAUCUGGCACACCAGGAACUGAUAAAGCAGAAGAAAGAUAUAAGUAUACAGUUAAGCUCAGCCCAGUCUCGUUGUACUCUUCUAGAGAAGCAACUAGAAUAUACAAAGAGAAUGGUUCUCAAUGUAGAACGAGAAAAAAAUAUGAUACUAGAACAACAGGCCCAGCUUCAAAGAGAAAAAGAACAAGAUCAGAUGAAGCUGCAUGCAAAACUUGAAAAGCUUGAUGUCUUAGAAAAAGAGUGUUUUAGACUGACAACCACUCAGAAGACUGCUGAGGACAAGAUUAAACAUCUGGAGGAAAAACUUCAGGAAGAAGAACAUCAGCGUAAGUUAUUUCAAGACAAAGCUGCUGAGCUUCAGACUGGACUUGAAAUCAGUAAAAUUUUAAUGUCUUCAGUUUCAAAUUCAAAACACUCCAAGGAAAAGAAAAAAUCUUCAAAGAAAAGUAAAUGUUUAAAAAAAGGACCACCUCUACAAAUUUAUUCAAAGUUUAGAGCACCACUUUUUGAGGCUAAAAAGUCUGCCAGUGCAGGCUGUUCUGUGAAUGCAGGUAGGCAAAGCCUUCAGCACAAGACGUAUCAUUGCAGCCCACAUGGCUUUCCGAAAGGCACCCAAGUGAUUGAGCCUCGAUGUCUCUGUAAGCCUCCUAGAACGAUUUCCCAGUAUAAAGCUGUACCUCGUGAAUCAGAAAAGUCUAUUUCCAUUUGUGACAAUUUGUCUGAACUUUUGAUGGCAAUGCAAGAUGAGCUAGACCAAAUGAGCAUGGAGCAUGAAGAACUACUGAAACAAAUGAAGGAAACUGAAAGCCAUUCCAUAUGUGACAACAUAGAAUAUGAACUAGAGCGUUUAGUCAAGAAAAUGGAAAUUAAAGAAAAACAAAUUUCCAAACUGAAGACGCAUCAGGACAAUGUCCAUAAACUGCAGCAAAAAGUUCAAAACUCAAAGACAAGUAAAGCUUCGGGUAUUCAGCAAGACAGUAACCAAAGUUUGAAGAGCAUGAAAAACAGCCCCAGAAAAUGUUUGAAUAAAGCUAACUCUUCUCAGAAAAGUAGCAACUUUCAUCCAAUACAAGUUCAUAAUAUUCAAGUGAAAUUGAGAAGAGAUGAUAUCACGUGGGAACAGUAAUACAGUAGCAAAACUGUCAGCUUGAAUGAACUUUGUCAGCAAGAACUUGAAUUGUUAAAAUGGUUUUAAUCUAAUAUAUGUUUGUGAAAUUUUAAAUUAUGUUUUUGGCCUCUAUAAACAUG